ACUUCACAAAUGAGGAAGUUCAUAGCCGAGCUAGUAGCAGCUUCCUUUUACAGCUUUCGGAGGCAGAGGAUGAACAAGUGAAAGAAAGGACUUAAUGGUACGCACCAUGAAAAGAUGAGAAUAGCCAGAGAGAAAAACUGAGUCUACUUUUGGUUUGCUGGAAUAUAUUUUAGGAGCAGAUGCAAAACUCUUGAGCUCAGACCCCUGGGUUAGAAACAGGAUGCCAAGUUAUCAGCCUUGGUUCCAUGGUACUAUAACUCGAUCCAAAGCUGAGGAUCUUCUUUCCAAAGCAGCAAGAGAUGGAAGCUUCCUUAUCCGGGCCAGUGAGUCCAUACAGGGAGCGUAUGCCCUCUGUGUUCUAUACCAGAACUGUGUGUACACAUACAGAAUCCUGCCAAGUGAGGAUAAGAAGCUCUCUGUCCAGGCAUCUGAAGGAGUUCCUAUCAGGUUCUUCUCCAUGCUGCCGGAGCUGGUGGAGGCGUACUACAACCCCAACAUGGGUCUGGUCACACAUCUGCAGUACCCCGUCCAGAGGGAGGAGGAGGUGGAGGAGGAGCCAGAAUCCAAUAAUCUCCCUCCGCAGCUUCCGCCCAGAAACUUCAUGGGCAAUGAUGUGAAAGACAGCGACCCUCAAAGACAGUCUUCUGAACAGGCCUGCAAGUCCUUAUCGGACACCUACCUGAUGAGACUGCAGUACAUGGAUUUGUCCACAAUACCAGAGGACCAUCAAAUGGCUCUCCAAGAAUACUUCAGGACCACAAUCUGUUCAGAUGCUGAACAAGUACAGUACGGUUACCCUCACCUCCCCGGGCUGAAAAAGCUAACGAUGGCAAUCUGCAAGAAUCUAAACAGUGAAAUUUCCCGCGUCCUGCCGGUUCUCGAGGUCUUUCACAGAGCGUUGGACCAACAGCUCUCCCCAGGGCUUGGACAAUAUCCAAAGCAAAUGUCUGGUGAUUCAGGUCAGUCUGUAUCUAACAGGCUUGAGCAGCUGACAAAGCUGCUCUACGCAAUAGAAGAUAAGGCAAAAAGCUCUCUGCUUGAGUCUGUUGGAUAUGAAGGAGGUCACAGGAAAUCUCUCAUACCCCUCGUUACGUUUGAGGUCAAGCAAGAAUCUUUGGGUAUUUCCACAAAGAUGUUCCUGAAAGUGGACGUUGAAAGUGGAAAACUCUUCUUAAAGAAGUCAGUGGAUGGCCCUGACGACAAAUUCUUUGUUCACAACAAAAUCCUGCAGUUGGUGAAAUCCCAGAAAAUGCAUGCCAAACUUGUCAUUGUGGCCGAGUCGGAGAAAGAGAAGAUUUUGCGUAAAGAGUUUGUCUUUGAUGACACAAAGAAAAGGGAGGGCUUUUGCCAACUUCUUCAACAAAUGAAGAACAAACACUCUGAGAAGCCGGAGCCUGACAUGAUCACAGUGUUUGUUGGCACCUGGAACAUGGGAAAUGCCGGCCCUCCCCACAACAUCGACUCCUGGUUUCAGUGUAAGGGCCAAGGGAAAACACGAGAUGACACCGCGGAUCACAUCCCGCACGAUUUCUAUGUCAUCGGGACUCAGGAGGAUCCUUUGGGUGAAAGGGAGUGGGCCGACACGGUGAAAGGCAUCCUGAGGAAAAUUACAAACAUCAGCUUUAAACAAGUGGCGAUCCACACUCUGUGGAACAUUCGCAUUGUGGUUUUGGCCAAACCCGAGCAUGAAAACAGGAUCUCACACGUUUUUUCAGACAGUGUGAAGACGGGGAUCGCCAACACUCUGGGAAACAAGGGAGCCGUGGGAGUGUCCUUUAUGUUCAACGGUACAUCAUUUGGCUUCGUCAACAGUCACCUGACCUCUGGAAGUGAGAAGAAGCUCAGACGCAAUCAAAACUACACCAACAUCCUGCGAUUUCUGAAUCUGGGAGAUAAGAAGCUCAAUCCAUUUGACAUCACGCAUCGGUUCACCCACCUCUUCUGGCUCGGUGAUUUGAACUACCGUGUCGAACUCCCUUCUACAGAAGCUGAGCACAUUGUGACAAAGAUCAAACAGCAGCAGUACCAGGAGCUCCUCAGUAAAGACCAGCUCAACAUGGAGAGGAAAGAUGGAAGGGUCUUCCUGCAUUUUGAUGAAGAGGAAAUCACGUUUGCACCCACGUAUCGCUUUGAAAGAGACACCAGAGAGAAGUAUGCCUACACAAAGGCCAAGGCCACAGGGACAAAAUACAAUUUGCCCUCAUGGUGUGAUCGUGUCCUGCGGAAGUCAUACCCUCUGGUUCAUGUCGUCUGCCAAGCGUACGGGUGCACCAAUGACAUCAUGACGAGUGACCACUCACCAUUAUUCGCUUCAUUUGAAGUUGGAGUCGCCUCACAAUUUGUCUCCAAGCAAGAUCCAAGCAGUGCACCUCAGGGUGGGAUACAGAUCAUGAACUGUGUGGCCACCUUGUUGACAAAAUCGAAGACCAAGUUCUUCAUUGAAUUCCAUUCCAGCUGCUUGGAGAAAACAGUGAAGACUUCAGAGGGAGACAACAGGGAGCACUCAGAUGGGUCAAUAAAAGUUUGGUUUGGCAACCAAGUUGAGCUCACCCCGAUCAUCUCUGACCCCGAGUACCUUCUGGAUCAGCACAUCCUCAUCUGUGUGAAGGCGACGGACUGCGACGAGUCGUAUGGGGAGGGUUGUGUUGCGCUGCGAGCUGCACAGUUCUGCUACACAGAGUUUCAGAUCUCGUUGACUCACCACGGAGAGAAGACAGGCACUUUGACAGGUGGCAUCCAGUUACACACGUCUGAGGGCAAACCCACAGAGAAGUUAUACGAUUUCAUCAAAGUUGAAAGGGAUGACACUGUCACCUCAAAAGGCAAAGGCGGUGACCCGACCAAGGGCUCCAUGACCCAAGCGCAUGAUAUUUCUAACCCCAGUUACAUGGGCGUAUCCUUCAGAAGUGGCAAUGUGAUAGAUAAAGGUUGGAGUUACAGCAUGCCACCUAAAAAUCUUCCACUCGCCGGACAAGGUUGUAAAGACAUCAAGAAGGGUGGCUAUGAUGUGGGCACACGCAGUCCCACAGGAAAACCCUUAAAUCCUACGAGUGAGGAUGAAAAGGUGUCAGAGAUGUUCGACAAUCCAUUAUACGGUUCAAUGGGAAAAUCACGGGGCAAGGACCAAGAGCACCAGCAGAAGGACCACCUCACACCAGCAGACGGAGACCCUGAUCGCCCCCCGCUGCCCACCCCACGCAACCGCUCCUUCACCUGCUCUGAGACCAAACCUCAGCCUACAGCCCCCAUCACUUUGCUUCCCUUGCCGCACAAGAAACCAGUGGUGCCUUCACGUUCUGAAGGGGGCGCCCCACACAACCGGCCUCCUUUGCCUUGCAAGGCUCGGCCGGGCGUGCCGGAGCCCCAGAACCCCAGAGACUACAGAGACAGCUCCGAACUCCCCUGCAAACUCAGACUGCCAGCGAGACCUGGCCAGCCACUGCCUCACAAAGACAUGCAUCCUGAAGUUCCCAAGAUGGGCCGUUCUGUGAAGUGAGACCGGGCUGCACCACAACUGUACAGCUUCCUGCUCUGCAUCUUUAGAAACUUUAAAUACAGUAAAAGCCUCAGCCGAUCACUCCCCUGCAAUAUGUAUGACUUAUGACAGACUGUUCAUUUGUAACAAAGGAAGAGUUCUACAUUUUGGUGAAUAUGCCUGUGCACUUGCUCACUGAGAGUGAAAGGUGAAGUGCGACACCACUUUCACGUCUGUAUGCGAAAUAUGACGCUACAGCCAGUUAGCUUAGCUUAGCUAGCCUGGCUCUGUGCAAAGGGAACAAAAAUCUGGCAACCAGCACCCCUAAAACUCAUUUAUUAACAUGUUUAUCACAUUUGUCUUAAUGCUAAACUAAGCUAACGUCUCCUGGUUGUAGUCCUACAUUAAAGGGCCAGUGUGUAAUAUUUGGCAUGGUUUAUUGUCAAUCUGAAUCUGAAUCUGAAUAUUCUACCCAUUAAUAUGUUUAUACAAGUGUAUGAUCGCUAUAAAAUAAAACUGAUUUGGUUUUCGUAGCCUUAUAAUUAUGCUUAUAUAUAUAUAUAUAUAUAUAUAUAUAUAUAUAUAUAUAUAUAUAGCAAGGGCCUUGCUUUAGUGAGGUCGCCAUCUUGCGCCGCCAUGUAUGUACGGCAGACCUGGUGGACAAUCCAGCCAGCCAGAGAACGCGUUUCGCGUGUAUAAAUGAACCAACGAAGACAGCGGGAGGAAGAAGGAGGAGGAAACAGCAGAGUGUUAGUAGUUCGUCGAUGGAGAGUAGUGAAAAGUUUUUUUAGUUAUAAAGUUUGCGAAUGGACCACACUUACCACGCAACAGGAGACAAUGAACCCGAACCGUCAUCUGCGAGGAAAAGAAGACGCAACUUCACUCCUUGUGAUGCACUCUCUGCGGCACUUUUCCUCCUGAUGAUAUAUCUCCCCAACAAUGGUAGCAGUAGCACCGAAUCCCAUUCUGUGCAUUCAGCCUCUCUUCUCGCCCGCUCAGCAUCAAACACAUGGAGUUCCUCAUCUGUAUGCUCCGGCUCAAACAGGUAUGGCUCUGGGUCUGUGUCCGCUACAAGAAACUCUUCAAAAUCGCGUUCAGAGUUGUCCAUUGCAGCUACUAUAGUCCGGAGAUAUUGCUAGGCUAAAUAAACAGCUGAGCUCUGUUUACCGGCUACGCUGUCAGUCAGUGUGCGGGCUGGAGAUUGAGCAGAGAGGGGAGAGGGCUCCCCACUCGGUAUGGUAAACGAGUAUGUGUGUAAAGUUAUGAAGUGUGUCUGUCAUGCUAGAAGAGUCAGAGUUUGGGACGGAGUGGAGUGUUACUGGAGUUUCUGGAGUGCUCAAAUAAACGGGCCUUUUUCCCGAACUCUCCUCUGGUCUCCUGCGCGUGAGGGAUUCAUUACAAUAUCGCAACAUGGUUUAGAUUUCUAAAUAAACAUUCACCUCGCUAGAUAGACCUACUCCUGAAAAAGUCGUGCGCAAGGCUUUUUGUCCCUACGAGGCCAACGUCAUUUACCCGACGGGAGGGGUGAGCGAGUGAGCCCUGCAAUCUAGAAUUUGACCACUGAUGUCACUGUUUUCAACCCAUUUUACACACUGGCCUUUUAAAAGUACCAACACGAGCAUGGCAUCAAUCAUAUCUACUUCAAAGCAAAAAGGUGCACUUUCCAAAAUGUCAAACUCUUCCUUUAAGGUGAUAAAAACAUUAGCAACACAUUUUCAGACUACCGCUAAGCUCGCAUUAAAAGGAAGGUUUGAAGUUAAACUCUGCUUAUAAAUAACUCUGUUACAUUUCACGUAGAGUUUCACACUAUACAUACAGAAGCUGAUGAAUGUUUACCGCACAGUAUUAUGUUGCACAGACGGUAACAUGUUUGCCAUGAAGAGAUGUACAAUAAAUGCUCAAAUAAAUUCAAA